AUGAUAACUUUUGCAUUGUUUUUAGUAGUGUGCUAAGCCGAAUAUGUGAAAUAAAUUCUUCGCGAUCUAUCUGACUUAAGUGAAUUUACACCAAUACCAUAAACCUAUUCUUGUUCAGUUUUAAAUUAUGACAUGGCGAUUUUAGAUGAAAAAAAUCCUUCACUAUCACUCAACACAUCAAUUGAAAAACCACAUUAUUUUAUACAUCUUUAUAUUGACUAUAUGUUUUUAGGAUAAUGGUAAGGGGAAUCAAUUUAACUAUUACUUAAUAACAAUAUCAUUGAUGAAUAUACAUACAUAUGGACUGAUAAAUCUAAUUAAGGAUUUAUUUGUAGUGAGUAAUAUAUUAGUUAUACUUUUUAGAAAAUCUCCCUAAAAAUAUAUGACAAGGGAAAUUGAGUUUUAUCAUAUAGAUUAGUAUCUGGAAUUGAAAUUCAAUAUGUAAACUAUUGAUUUUGCUACAAAAAAUAAUAUGAACAAACCUGAAUUUCUUCCUAGACUUGGAAUUAGAAAUAUUUAAGUUAAUGCAUAAGAAUGUCAUCCAUAAUGUUCAAGUUGCAGUGGUCCAACAGAAAAUGAUUGUAGAACAUGCCCUUAAUUAGCUAAAAAAGGUAAAAUAUCAAAUACAUGUAAAUGCCCUAUCUCUAUUCCAUACAUAUAUGCAGAUAAUUGUAUAGCUUAUUGUCCAAAGAAUACAUUUCUAAAUUAUUAUAAAGUUUGUUUUGGAAGUUCUUUAAUCAAAAAUAUAGAGACUUCUUUAUUAAAUUCUUUUGAACAUGGUUAAAAUAAUAAAUCAUCCUUAUGGUCAAUUUCUAUGACACGUACUACAAAGAAUCAAUUAUAAUUUAGGCAUAAGGAUAGUUAUUUGAUUGGUAUGUUUGAAGAGAGAUAAAUAUUAACAAUAAAUUAGAAUAGUUUGGUUGGACAUUAUAGAAUAAGAGUUAGAUUUAAUUUAUAUUUAUUUUACACUUGGGCUGUUAAUGAAUAUAUUAUAACUAUAAUUGAUAAUGUGAGAUAAAAGCCAUUAUUAUAUAGUAAGGAUGGAUUUAUAAAUUAUGCAAAUAAAGAUUCAUGUACAAAUUCUGAGAUAAAUGAAUGUUAAAUUUUUCUUGUUGAUUAUUAUCUUAAUCAUACUAGUGAUAAUUUGAAAAUAUAAAUAUAUAGUGAUACCUAUAAAUAAAGUACUUCAAGAUGGGCAAUUUCUGAUUUCAUUGUAGAUGUUUUAAGAUGCACAGAAAAUUGUGGAAAUUGUUUGAAUGAUUAAGAAUGUACUAAAUGUGAAACUGGUUAUUUUUUACUGAAGAAUUAAUGUGUAGCCACUUGUCCCUUAUCUUAUAGUUAUUAAUAGGAUACAAAUUGUAUAGAAAUGGAUGAUGAAACUUAACGUAUUAUAAAUAUAUAAUUUUAGAAUCUGAAUAUUUGUUGAAAGAAUUAGUCUCAACUAAACUACAUGGAACUGUACCUAAUAUAACUAGUUAUUUUAAUGGAUAUCGUCAUUUAGGUGGUCUAUAGGUUUCAUCUACAAGAUACUAUCAGAAAUUUUAAUAUUUGAAACCACAUUAUUAAAUUAGAGCAUCCUUCAAAGUUGAUUUAUUAAAUAUUGCUCAGUCUAAAGGUGAUGUCUAUAUUAAUCUAGGAAAUUAUACAUAAACAAUUAGUACAGAUCCUGCUAGAUUAUAUUAAACAACAACUGUUAAUUUUACAUUUGCUCAUUCUUCAAAAUAUUUGAAAUUAAGUAUCUUUUCAUCAUCAAGUUCUUCUAAUUUCUUUAAAUCAGGAAUUUCAAAUAUGAGAAUAGUUAUUGAUUAUUGUUAUCCUACUUGUACUGCUUGUACAGGACCAGGAAUUGAUGAAUGUCUAUAAUGGUCAUAUGAUCCAAAUUAUGAUAGACAAUCUUAUUCUUGUUAAUUAUCUACAUAUUUCUUUAAUGAUUCAUGUACUCCUUGUGAUUCAUAAUGUUAUUCUUGUAAUAAAUAAAAUUAUUGUACUUUAUGUUCAUCUGACUUUACAUAAUCUGGAUAAUCAUGUUAUUGUAGUAAAGGCUAUUAUUUGGAUGAAUAUAAUAAUUGUUAGAAAUGUUAUGAAAAAUGUUCUGGAUGUUUAGGACCAUUGUAAGAAGAUUGUUUUGAUUUAUCAUCUAAAGAAAUAGUUUGUGAUAUUACUAAAGGAUAUUAAAUAGGAUAAGAAUGUAAUGAUGGAAAUUAUAAUAUAAGGGAUGGAUGUUCUAAUUGUAUUAUGGAUGAAGGUUGGUCAUGUUUAAAUGAAAUAGGAAAAUAUUCAAUUUGUAUUAAAUGUCCAGAAAAUUGUAUGGAUUGUAAAAGGAAUUAAAAUUAAUUAUAAUGUUUAUAAUGUUAACCUGGCUAUUUCUUUUAUUAAAAUGGAUGUUUUUAAUGUAAAUAAGAAUGUUUAGAAUGCAAUUAUAUAGAUUAAUGUACUAAGUGUAGUGUUCCUACAAUAAGUCCAUUAAAAGGUAAAUGUUCUUAUUGUGAAACUGAAAGAGGAUAUUAUGAAGUGAAUGGAAAAUGUUAAGCUAAAUGUGGUGAUUAUAGAUAAACAUUAGAAGAAUAAUGUGAUGAUGGUAAUUUAAUUGAUGGUGAUGGAUGUUCUUCAAAAUGUUUUAUUGAAACAGGAUUUACAUGUGCUAAUGGUAUAUGUUAAGUUAUUUAAUUAUAAAAUAAAUUGGAAUUAAAAUAUUCUAAUAAAACUACUACUAAUACACUUAAAUUAGAUUUUGGUGAAUAUCCUGCUAAAUGUGAUGAAAAGUAUAUAAAAGUAUUUUUAGAAAAUUUUGAUCCAAAAGAUUUUAAAGUUUUUUUAAAUUUAAAGGAAGAAGGUUCUAUGAAAUAUUGUUAAAUAUCUUUUAAAUUUUAUAGAAAUGUUAGAGAUUAUGAUGUAAUACAUGUGAUAUUUUAUAAAAAUAAAUAAAGAUUAUUAUCUGUAGAUUUUGAAGAAAUGAUAAUCUAAGCAAGAAGUGAAACAUUUUAUACUGAUGAAGAAUAAGAAUAAGCAUAAUAAGUUUAAUAAUUAUAGAGUAAUUUUGUAUCAGCCCUUUAUUUUUUGGGUCCAGGAACAAUUUUACUAGGUGGAUUUAACUUUUUCUUUAGUAUUUUAGAUAUCUUAGCUUGGUUAAAUAAUUUCUAUUAUUUUAAUGUAAUGUAUCCAGCUAAUGUUAAUAUUAUAUUUUUAAAUCCUGCAUGGGAAUUAAUGAAUCCAUUUGAUUUUACUCCAAUUGUUAGAAUGGAAACUGAUUAAGAUUAUAUUGAAAGUCCAUUUAGAUUUGAAUAAAAAGGAGUUGAUCCUUAUUUCAUUAAUAAUAUGAUGAUGUGUUUUGUUACAUGGCUUUUAUGUGCUAGUCUUUAUCCUAUGUGUAAAUGUGUUGUUUUCAUAAUUGAAAAGAUAUAUUAAAGAAGUCCUAAAUAAAAGGUUAGGACUGUUAAAAUUAAAUAAAUGCCAAUUUUUCAUUUGGAUUAAAACUUAGAAUCUCAAUAACCAGAAACAGAAAUAAAAUUAGAAUAACCUAAAUAAUUUCCAUCUAUAAUUCAAUAUAUUUAUGAUAAUGCAUAUUAAUACUAGAUCAGUUUUAAAGCAAUCAUAAUUAAAUAGUUAAAUUUAGUAUAUUUGGAUUUAUGUAUGGCAAGUGUUUUACAAUUAUAAUUUAUGGAUAAAAGUGAUUAACCAUUAAUUUUCUCAUAGAUUUUCCUAUCAUUUAUUGGAUUAUUUAUUUGUAUGUCAAUACUUCUCAUAGCUAUAAAAGUAUCUAAAUAAUCUAGUGUAUUAUUGAAUACAAAAUCAUAUUAAUUUGAUUAUAGUACUUUAUAUGAAGGAAUAGAUGUCAAAUCUGAUAUAUCUAAAAUGUAUUUUAGUAUAAGUUUUGCAAGAAAGAUGCUUUUUAUUGUAUUUUUAGUUGGAUUGUAUCAUUAUCCAUUAUUUUAAACAUCAUUUUGUUGUGCUGCUAGUUUUUUAAAUUUGAUGUUACUUAUUUAUAAGAAUCCUUUUGAAAGUAAAGUGGAUUACAUUUAAAAUGCAGUACCUGAUGCUACUAUAUUUUUUGUAUUAGUUCUUUGUGUCGUUUUAGCAUUCGAUGAUAAAGAAUAAAAGUAUUCCUCGAAAACAAGAACCAAUAUUGGAUGGGCAAUGUUAAGUUUUAUUAGUUUAUCAGUAUUAACAUAAUUAGGAUUGAUUUUAAGGCAAUUUAUUAUAGAUAUCAAAGAUAAUUAUUAAUGGAUCAAAAAUAAAUUGUGUCCCUCUGAUUGA